AUGGGGGCAGAGGCACUCAUGCAGAGUAUCAUGAUCGAUGCUGCUAGGCGCGUACCAUCCGUUAGGGACAGAAAAAGGAGCAGACUUGGCCAGCUGCUUGUGCAUGAAAAUGGCAUGGCACGCCAUGUACCAUACUCAAACCAAGCUUUUGGACUUUCUCACAAUUAUUUGGGUCUUAUAUGGUGCUGGUUUUUAGCGAUCUUGCUCGUGCCUCCAAAUGAUUAUGAAACAAAAAGUAUUGGUCAAAUAGAUAAGGUGAAGCAUGAGCUGUUGGUAAGUGGUCAAAUUGGGAAUGAUGUUGAUGUUACUUAUAAAAAUAUUCAUGGAGUAGUUCAUGGGAAUGGAGAUGAGGUCACCGCGACUCAAGCCAUGGACGAUCUAUCUCAACUUCUCGAAGCAGCUUAUGUUUUUGGUCACUACCCAGGGGCGCAAAGCAAUGAUUCCGCUAGGGACUUUCUCAAUCGCUUCCCUCUGACACUCAUUAUCAAUGCACUACAGACUCGGUUUGACGUGCCUGACCUAGAAAAUACUCUUGUUGCAUGCCUUGAAAAGUUAUUCAAUACGAAGUUGGGUGCUUCUUUCAUCCCGCAAUAUAUGCCUUUUGUUCAAGUUGGUCUGCAGGCAGAUUCUCAAGCAGUCAGAUCCUUAACUUGCAAAACAAUCUAUCGCCUCCUGGAGGAUAUUGACAAUGAUGACAAAGUUGCUGCCAGUGUUCGUCAAAUUAAAGACUUCAACAUAUAUCCUCUUUUGCUCGAUUGCCUCAUACAGGGCGAUGAACAAGUGGCAGCUGUGGCAACAGAUGCAAUAAAAAAGUUAGCUGGUUUUCCUGAAGGCAUGGAAAUUAUCUUUCCAUCUGCCAAAGUAGGUGAGACAGAUCUGGAGCGUAUAGCAUCACAAUCUUCAUCUCUGGUAGAAGCCUGUUAUGGAGAAUCAAAGCAACUUAGGCACAUGGGAAUUGGUGAAUGGAGGCGGGAAUAUGAUGAAAUUGGAGAGACAGGAAUGGGGAAGCAAUCAUUUGAAUGGCUUUUGGGCCCAUUGUGUGCACCUCAUCCUUCAUGCCACCUACUGCCCAUGCCCGCCCUGCCAUACAUAGCCACCAUCCCUUCUUCACGGGACACCACUGGUCUUGAGAUAGUCCAAAGGCUGAAUGCAGGAACUCUGAGCACAAGGAGGACUAUUCCUUCUUUGAAUACUAAAACCACAGGAGGACUAUUCCUAGUUUUCAAGGAGUAUGUUGUAUUUGGGACCCAGCUGCAUCAUGGUCGAGUUCGUGUGCUGGCAUUAGUGGUGAAGCUUUUUUCUGUUUCAAGAUCGGUAGCAUCUACAAUUUAUAGCUUAAAUCUACUUAAAUUACUGGAAGCAGAAAUAAAAAAUGCAGAUGAUACCCUUGUAACUUUAAGUGUUUUGGAGCUUCUAUAUGAGUUAGCAACGAUUGAACAUAGUACAGAAUUUUUGUCAAAGACUAGCCUCUUUCAAUUGCUUUCGUCAAUGAUUAGCAACAAUUCUGCGGAAUCAAUUUUAAGAUCAAGGGCAAUGAUGAUAAGUGGAAGGAUACUUCCGAAGGACAUUAUACACUCCUUCACAGAUGAACCUUGUGUUAAAGCUGUUAUUUCAUCUAUUGAUGAUAGACUUCAGUCGUUGGAUCCUUCAAAUAGAGAUGAAUGUGAAACUGCACUUGAAUCAUUGGGUCAUAUAGGAUCAUCUACCCAGGGAGCUACAUUACUACUCUCAGGUUCAUCACCUGCUGCAAGACAUGUUAUAGAUGCUGCUUUUGAACGCCGAGGACCACUAGGGCAUGGUAAACAGCUGGCUGCAUUACAUGCUCUCGGAAACAUAUCGGGAGAAACCAGAUCUAAGAAUAACAUCAUACUCAAUGCUGAAGCAGAAGAAAACCUGCGACGCUUAAUUUAUGAAACAGCCUCCAGAAGUUCAAAGCUGACACCAUUGGGUCUGUUUCUCUCUGUACUGCAGCAGGAUGCAGAAAUACGUCUAGCGGUGUAUAGAAUGUUAUGUGGAUUAGUUGCCCGACCUUGGUGCUUGAUAGAGAUAUGCUCAAAAGAUGAUAUUAUAAACAAAGUGACUAAUCCAACUACUGAAACCACGAAAAUAGGUAUGGAAGCCAGAUAUAACUGCUGCAAGGCUAUAUACCAAUCAUUGACACUUUCUGAUAGAGUUUCUGCUUUUAAAGAAAUAUAUGCCAAGUUGCAGCAAGCUGUUCAAAUGGGUCCAUAUCUUGUUAGGAGCCGUAGUGAAUCUCAACCUGCUGUGAAGACUGCUGAAAGAUUCUAG